CGUGAUCAAACAAAGUUAUAAAUAGAGGUGGCGCAUUCAAUUUGACACGGACGAGCAUUCAGGAGUGACAUGGCGUCGACAAGCCGCGGAGAUGCCCUCGCCCUUCCCAGAGUUCAGUGUCCCAACCACCCUGAUGCCAUCCUGGUGGAGGACUACAGAGCAGGGGACAUGAUCUGCCCCGAAUGUGGCCUUGUAGUAGGUGACCGUGUAAUCGACGUCGGCUCAGAGUGGAGAACCUUCUCCAAUGAGAAAGCUCUCAAAGAUCCCUCUAGAGUGGGAGACGCUCAGAACCCCCUGCUCAAUGGGGGAGACCUCACCACCAUGAUCAGCAAGGUGAGGAGGAGUCCUUCCUUUUUCAAGAUGUUGGUGCUGGCAGUUCAAAUCAUCAGGCGAUUUUAAGCAACUGGAAUUUUU